UCUCCCGGCGGCCAUUGGCCCAAUCCCGGCCGCCCCCUCACGCCGCCGCUCAGCUGAGGAGACAAUGGGCGAUCAAAGGAGGGGAGGGGGAGGAGGAAGAGGAUGGCGCUAGACGAGGCGAGAGCCCGGCCGGGUGGCGCUUUCUCUGCGCUCGAUUAGUGAUCCUAGAGAGGGAGAGUCAGCCAGGCGCUGGAAGGGACACCGAGUGGUGGUGGUGGCGGCAGCGGCGGCGGGUACAGGGAGUCCUUGCCGCUGCAGCUGCUACCUCCUCCUCUUCCUCCUCCUCCUCCUCCUCCUCCCUCUCCCCGCUCUCCCGCGCCUCGCGAGCAAAGUGUGUGCGAGAGAGUGUGAGUAUUGAGUGUGAGUGAGCGAGCCCCGUUGCGCAGCUUGGUUUGCGCACAAGCACCACCAGCAGCGGAGGAGGAGGGCGGCAGAGGCACUACCACCACCACCACCAACCACCACUACCACCACCACCAGCGCCCGGGCAUUUGAGGAGAGGAGCGCUGUGGAGUGAGGCAGAAUACACGCAUAUCUGAGGAAGGAGGGGGGGGAGGGAGGGAGGAAAAGUGAAGCGGCGGCGGCAGCGGCAGAGGCCACACCAAGACACCCAAGUGAGACAAAAGUAGCUCCAAACCAGCACCCAACUCCACCUUGGGAGGCAGGCGGCAGGCGGGCGCCUCAGCAUGGCUUCCGAGGAACUCUACGAGAUCUUAGAACUAAAACACAUUCAAAUUAUUCAUAUGGAAUAGAACAGUUAUAUAAAACAUAUACUGAACAUCUCCUUGUCCUGAUGAGAAACUUAUAUCAAAAAACUACAGUACUGUCAGAGCAUAACAAAACAGACUGGCUCCAGGUUAGGAAAUGGAUGAGAGAUGGCGGUGCUCUAUACAUGUGAAUGACAAAAGUAGAGAGAAUUGUUGAUAAAAGAAAAAACAAGAAAGGAAAAACGGAAUACUUAGUGCGAUGGAAAGGCUAUGAGAGUGAAGAUGACACAUGGGAACCUGAACAGCACCUUGUGAAUUGUGAAGAAUAUAUACAUGAAUUUAACAGACAUCACAGUGAAAGACAAAAAGAAAGCACAUUAACAAGGACAAACAGGACAUCACCAAAUAAUGCAAGAAAGCAAAUUUCUCGAUCUACUAAUAGUUCUUUUUCAAAAACGUCCAAGUCCUUAGUUAUUGGAAAAGACCAUGAAUCAAAAACUCAACUGUUUGCUGCUCAGAAGUUUCGGAAAAACAACACUCCUCUCUCUGGUAGAAAAAACAUGGACCUUUCGAAAUCAGGUAUCAAAAUUCUUGUGCCCAAAAGUCCUAUCAAGAGUCGGACAGCAGUAGAUGGCUUUCAGAAUGAAAGUCCUGAUAAGCUGGAUCGCAUUGAGCAGGAUCAUGAAGAUUCUGUAGCCCCAGAGGUGGCAGCAGAAAAACCAGUUGGAGCUUUAUUAGGUCCUGGAGAAGAACGUGCUAGAAUGGGGAGCAGGCCAAGAAUACAUUCAUUAGUGCCACAAUUGCCAGUGCCAGUAACAGCUACCAUUGCAUCUGCAUUAACAAUAAAUGGAAAAGGAACAUCUACCUUUAUAGAAGCCUUGGCAACCAAUGGUACCAACAUUCAGACAUCAGUAACAGGGGUAGCAGCCAACAAACGAAGAUUUAUUGAUGAAAGGAGAGAUCAGCCUUUUGAUAAAAGGCUACGAUUCAGUGUGCGGCAAACUGAAAGUGCGUACCGCUACAGAGACAUUGUUGUCAGGAAACAAGAUGGAUUCACACAUAUUUUAUUAUCCACCAAAUCAUCAGAGAACAAUUCAUUAAAUCCAGAGGUGAUGAAAGAAGUCCAGAGUGCACUGAACACAGCAGCUGUUGAUGACAGUAAACUUGUACUUCUUAGUGCAGUUGGCAGUGUUUUCUGUUGUGGCCUUGAUUUCAUUUAUUUUAUUCGACGUUUGACAGAUGAUAGAAAAAGGGAAAGUACUAAGAUGGCAGAUGCAAUUAGGAAUUUUGUAAAUACUUUUAUUCAGUUUAAAAAGCCCAUAAUUGUUGCAGUAAAUGGCCCAGCUAUUGGACUUGGAGCAUCUAUAUUACCUCUAUGUGACGUGGUGUGGGCUAAUGAGAAGGCUUGGUUUCAGACUCCAUAUACAACAUUUGGGCAAAGUCCUGAUGGAUGUUCAUCUCUCACAUUCCCAAGAAUAAUGGGUCUGGCAUCUGCAAAUGAAAUGUUAUUUAGUGGAAGGAAGCUAACGGCACAAGAAGCUUGUUCGAAAGGACUGGUGUCUCAAGUAUUUUGGCCAGGAACAUUCACACAGGAAGUUAUGGUUCGAAUUAAGGAACUUGUCACAUGUAAUUCAGUUGUACUUGAAGAAUCCAAAGGUUUAGUUCGUAGUAUUAUGAAGGUGGACUUGGAACAAGCCAAUGAUAAGGAGUGUGAAGUUUUAAAGAAAAUUUGGGGUUCUGCUCAAGGGAUGGACUCAAUGUUAAAAUACUUACAGAAGAAGAUUGAUGAAUUUUGAAGAGAUGCGCAUUGACACUGGAUUGUAUUUACUUGGACAUCUGGAUUUUUCAUCAAUACCCUAACUGAAAUUAAAAUAAAACAUACCUAAGGCUCAGAAAAUGUGGGCUAAAAGGUAGAGGAACAUGGUUUUAUGGUCAAGGGUUUUUAAAAGAAGUACUGUAUGUUAAGCAUUGAACUUUUUUUUCUUUUUCCACAUAUAUAUAUAUAAAUAUAUAUAUUAUAUUUCUUUAUAUACACAAACUAAAAUAUAUAAUGGAGUGCACUACCAAACUUUUGUCUUCUACUUUGUUAUCAUUGGCUAGUACUGUAUCAGAAGAAAGUGGUGAAUAAAAUGAGAUGUUGCAUUAUUUUGUAUGUGGCAGGAAAGUCCUGAAGCAAUGACUAUUUUUUCACUAGAGUCCAGAGUUAAAACGGGUAUUGGCCGGCCCUUACUUUCACUGCCCAAAAAGUCAGUUAAGAAGAGGCAUUGCCUUGAAUUUUGAGAAAGGUUUAAAAAUACCUCAAAUAAUGUAUUCUAAAAAACACAAACA